GUCAAAGUUUGGUUUCAAAAUCGCCGCACCAAGCACAAGCGCAUGCAACAGGAGGGCGAUAGUGACUCGAAAAGUCAGAAGGGCAGUCAGGCGGGCGAUAUGGAGGCGAGUAAAAACGAUAGUUCACAAAAUAGUUUCGAUGAUCAGGAGGAAGACGACGAGGAGGAGCUCAUCGAAGAGGACGAGGACGAAGUGAUCGAUAUGGAUGAUUAUGGCAGCGAAAUGGAUGCUGAAGAGCAUCAACGAUUACGCGAACAAUUUCAACAACAAUUGCAGCAACAUCACGAACAACUGCAACAGCAUAUGCAACAACAACAAGAACAACAACAACAACAACAGCAGCAGCAGCAGCAACAGCAGCAAGCACAAGCGCAUGUGCAACAGAUGCAGCGUGAACAGCGAGAGCUUAGGGAGCAGCAACAACAACAACAACAGCAACAACAUUUCAUGCAACAUCAGCU